GUGCUAGAAGUGCAGUAGCCAUGGACACGGCGGAUUUACUAAAUACAACAACAACACCACCACAACAUGUUGAUUUGGCCAAGCAGAGUCUCCUAUCGAGUCCUUUAUACAUCAGUUUAAUAGGCGCGGUAUUGGCUAUAACAUUAUACGAUAUCUGGUAUCGUAAUACAGAUGCAUUCAAGAAGCUAAGGACUAUACCCGGCCCGCCAAUCUUGCCCGUAAUUGGGAAUGCUCAUUUGCUUGUAGGUGUAACCCCUACUGAGUUGGUGCAAAAAGCUUUAGUCUACAUGAAACAGUAUGGGGAAACAAUUAGUGGCUGCUUCUUUAACAUCAGGCUUGUCUUCUUAACAAAUCCAGCUGAUGUUGAAAUUAUUCUGAAUAGCUCCGUACACUUGGAGAAAUCGGUGGAGUAUAAAUUCUUCCAGCCUUGGUUUGGUGACGGUCUACUCAUUAGCAAAGGCGAUCAUUGGCGUCAUCAUCGCAAAAUGAUUGCACCCACUUUUCAUCAGAGCAUUCUAAAGAGUUUCGUACCGACUUUCGUAAAACACUCACAAAAUGUUGCUAAUCGGCUGGAAGCGCGAUUUCUGGGUCAAGAGUUCGAUGUACAUUCGCACAUGAGUCAGACGACGGUUGAAAUUUUACUUAGCACAGCGAUGGGCAUGAAAAAAUUACCCGAAGGCAAGGAGUGUGUGCGCUAUGCAGAUGCGGUGGUUGAAAUGUGCGACAUCAUACAAAAGCGUCAGACCAAGCCACAUUAUCAUUUCGAUCCCAUUUAUCGGUGGACGAAAUUGCGGCAGAAGUGUGAUAAUAUGAUGAAUAUAAUCUUGAAUCUAACGAGGAAUGUCGUCGCACAGCGGCGUGCAAAUUUCAAUUUGGAAACAGAUAGCGUAUUGGAUCAACAGGAUGCGUUGAAUGAGAAGGCUGGCAAGAAAGCGGAAGGACUGCGCGACGAUUUGGAUAUAAUCGACGAAGAGCGGGCUGUGGGUGCUAAGCGUCGUUUGGCUUUGCUGGAUGCUAUGGUGGAGAUGACAAAAAAUCCAAAUAUUGAAUGGACGGAGAAGGAUGUGAUGGAUGAAGUGAACACGAUUAUGUUUGAGGGCCACGACACCACUUCGGCGGGUUCCAGCUUCGUACUUUGUCUACUUGGCAUUCACAAGGAUGUGCAAGCACGAGUUUUCGAGGAGCAAGAAGAAAUAUUCGCCGAUGAUUUGCAACGCGAUUGUACCUUUGCCGAUACACUGGAAAUGCAAUACCUGGAGCGCGUAAUCAAAGAGACGCUACGACUCUAUCCACCAGUACCGGUUAUAGGACGUAAAGUGAAUGAGGAUGUGCCACUCGCCUCUGGUCCCUAUGUUAUACCGAAAGGCACGACAGUCAUAUUGGGACAAUAUGCCGUACAUCGGCGACCAGAUUGCUAUGAGAAUCCAGAAAAAUUUGAUCCCGACAACUUUUUGCCAGAGAAAAUGGCGAAGCGUCACUACUACAGCUAUAUACCUUUCAGUGCGGGUCCACGUAGCUGUGUCGGACGUAAAUAUGCUAUGUUGAUGCUAAAAGUGCUAUUGUCGACAUUGGUGCGUAAAUUUCAUAUUCACUCCAAUGUGGAUGAGUCACAAUUUAAUUUGCAAGGCGAUAUCAUCUUGAAGUUGGCGAAUGGAUUUAAAAUAGUGUUGACGCCGCGGGAGGCAUAAAAGUGAGGAAAUAAACUUACACUUAAGGUGUGAUUAUGGCAACUUAACGUAGCUUACAGGCUGUCACUUAAAAGCGCUCUUAAAUGAAUGUUGGACCGGCGAAACUUAACGUAACCUAAUGCUAAGCAGAAGUCUUUCAUUUUGAUUUGUUAAGUUCUAAGUUAAGUUAGGUUGAGUUAAGUUGCCAUAAUCAAAACUUUACACUCUUACUUAUAUAUACAUAUAUACAUACA